AUACUGGUAUUAAAGCGUAAGGGAAGUUGUUCGCAUUCCAUGAAAAUCAAGAAAUUCUAGAUUAAUCUAGAAAUUUUAAAGCUAUAAAAUGAGAGCAAAGUGGCGAAAAAAGAGAAUGCGCAGGCUAAAACGUAAAAGGAGGAAGAUGCGUGCAAGAUCUAAAUAAAUUUUAUACAUAACCUCCUUAUAAGAGUAAUAUCAACCAGAUUGGCAUGAAAAAAUUGUACUAUUUGAACUAUCAAUGCAAAUAAUUUUUGUUAUUCAAAAAUUCAUUUGUGUACAUUUCUUGUACAAUUUAAUAAAAUAACCGUUUUAAUAAU